AUGGCACAAUCAGCGCCCGGAAGUCCGCGAGGGACGGCGUCUACAACGCCAGGGAGUACUCCAACACCGCUGUUUACCGCAGUGCGAAUUGAUUCAAUGGCUGAUGAUCGGAAGCCAAUGCCUGCGUGCAAGUGCUUCCCAGUAUUGGCUGGACCUCAAUCGUGUAUCACCAACUUCCCCGCGCCAGAUAUCUCGCUCCCCCGCAAGGUGGGAGCAGAAUUCUUGGGGACUUUCAUCCUUAUAUUUGGAGCCACAGCUGGACCCAUUGUAAACCAAAAGUACGACGGAGCAGAAACGCUAAUAGGGAACGCAGCUUGUGCGGGGCUAGCAGUUUUGAUAGUGAUCUUGGCAACUGGGCAUAUCUCGGGAGCUCAUCUGAAUCCCUCCGUAACUAUUGCAUUCGCGGCACUUCGCCACUUCCCAUGGGCUCAGGUGCCUGCCUACAUAGCAGCUCAGGUUUCAGGAUCGAUAUGUGCUUCUUUUGCUCUCAAAGCUGUUUUUAACCCCUUUAUGUCAGGUGGUGUCACGGUUCCGUCCGUAGGCAACGCCCAAGCCUUCGCCCUUGAGUUUAUUGUAACCUUCAUUCUCCUAUUUGUUGUUACAGCGGUCGCCACAGACACUCGCGCAGUUGGAGAACUGGCAGGAAUAGCAGUCGGAGCUACAGUCAUGCUCAACAUUCUUGUUGCCGGGCCAGCCAGCGGCGGUUCAAUGAAUCCUGUCCGAACUCUGGGGCCAGCCGUCGCUGCUGGAAACUACACGUCAGUUUGGGUGUACUUGGUGGCUCCUACACUCGGGGCCCUGGCGGGAGCAGGGGCAUAUACCAUGGUCAAGCUUCAAGGAGAAGGGCGUAAUGCGGCUGAAGCUCGACAGCAGUCCCGGAAUUUCCGUCGGCCAAGCUAGGCCUACUAAAGUUCAAAUCUACCUAU